GAUCUCCAUUUCAGACUAAAUUAAAAACGUUUAGGGUAGUUUUAUCCCAAGAAGUUUUAUAUGAUGUUUAAAAACACUCUAUAAGGCUGUUAUCAGAGCACUUCACUUUAUUUGAAGCGUUUUUUUACGCUGACACAUUGGCUCCCAGUGUUAGUUUUUAAUUGUCCCCUUUCCGUUUUGCACGACGCGGAACAGAAACAUGUCUGUGGCGAGCAGCUCUUACAAGCCUGUGAACUAUGUCAUUUUUGACAUGGAUGGAUUACUGUUGGACACAGAGCGACUGUACACCAAGGCCUUCCAGGAAAUAUGUGACCCCUUUGGAAAGCAGUACACAUGGGCUGUUAAGUCAUCAGUGAUGGGUAAACAUGCUCUGGAAGCUUGUCAAAUUAUUCGGGACACUUUGGACAUUCCCAUGUCAGCUGAGGAACUCCUUGCUGCAAGCAGACAAAUACAAGAAAGGCUCUUUCCCUUUGCCAAACUCAUGCCAGGUGUGGAGAAAUUGCUGAUCCAUUUGCAGAAGCACAAUAUCCCUGUUGCAGUGGCAACCAGUUCAUCCAGUGAGACAUUCAAGUUGAAGACAAGCCAACACAAAGACCUCUUCGGUCUGUUUGACCACGUUGUUUUGGGUGAUGAUCCUGAGGUUAAAAACAGCAAACCUCACCCUGAUGCCUUCCUGGUCUGUGCCAGCAGAUUCAAUCCUCCAGCUUCUCCAGAGAAGUGCUUGGUGUUUGAAGAUGCUCCCAAUGGCGUGAAGGCAGCACUGGCUGCGGGGAUGCAGGUGGUGAUGAUUCCUGAUGACAACCUUGACCCCAGCCUUACCCAGGAGGCCACACUGCGACUCAGGAGCAUGGAGGAAUUUGAGCCACAGCUUUUUGGCCUGCCAGCAUUUCAAUGAGACAAAAGCCAAACCCAUUGUUCAAUUUAGACUUUGUGUCACUCGUUCUCAUUCUUUGAGGAAACAAUUAUAAUAAAAGAAAAGCAAUAUGAAUGUUUUCAUUGAUGCCUUAUCAUAUUAUGGUUGAAUGAAUAUUUUUGAUUUUAUGAUUGAUUUUUUUUUUGUUGGCGUAAUGAUCUUUUAUUGUUUAAUGUUUAAUGACAAGACAUCACAUCAUUGUAAAACCCCUUCAAGAAGUCUAAUUACUCAUUUUAGAAAGACGUGUAGAUAGUCCAGACUUAUAGAUACCUCUGUGAAAUGUUGCAUUGCUGUUGAGGUUUUUCUUCUUUUAAAAAUUCUGCGAACAUCACUUUCAUCAUCAGACCUUCAUUAUAAUGAGUUGGAGAGAAAAAGUAUAAGAGAUCUGUAUGGCUACCUAUCACUACGAGUAGAUGAACUGAGUGCUUCACAAAGAAUUAUAGCCAUUUGAAAGCUGUUAAGACAGCAAAUUAGAUAUAUGUAACGAAGUAUAUGUAAUGAAGAUUUCCAGAGUUCUGCUACCAGAAUCUGAUCUAACUUUGAAACUUUACACAACAAAACUGCUCCAACCAGAUACCUGAAGCUUUGUCCUGCUCCAUUAGGUUGGUCAGGUUGUUUGGGCUUGUGUUGGGUUUGAGUUAAAUAAUUCUGUGUUUAAUUUAAAGUAGAUGGCUAUCUCGUGUUGGGUGCAAGAACUCUGAUUUGGACAUCUAAAAAUUUUCACUGUUUGACCAAAAUUUGUCCACUUUCAGACCAGAAAUCUUUUGAUGGGCAAAACACCAAAUGUUCUGUUAUUCUGGUAGAAGUUUCGGAGGUAACCAUUGAAUUUCACACCACAGCAUAUCUUUUUGUCUUUAGAUGCCAUUCAAAAGACAUUUUCUAAAAGUUGAAGGUUCUUGAAAUCAUAGUGGAUCAGCCAAAACACUGCUGUAGAACUCUCCUUGUCCAUACAUUGUGUUUAAGCAGUCUUAUUGAAAUGCCAGAGACUACUCCUCUCUUUAGUGUAAUCCAGUAAAAAGGCUGCAAGUUGUCCUCAACCUUUCAUCUCAUGUCUGCUUCUGCACUUACUACAAUUCACAUGUCCCCCUUCCUCUUGCCAAACAGGCUUUAGCGGAGGACCUGCUCAAGGAGCCUGGUUCCACAGCUCCCUCAGGCUGCUGAAAUGCUGAAAUAGGAUUUCACGGCACUCCUAUCCACUUCCCCUCCAAGCUUUUCUGGCCUUUAAUCAUCAAGUGGGGGUAGGAGGUGUGGUAGUCUCCUCAGCUUUUUUUUUUUUUUUUAAAUUCAUUUCCUGCUCACGUACACUCAUCACUCUGUAGUUUCACAUGUCAUUUAGACUCCCUUAGCCUAAAAUCUGGUUAAUUUCUUCCUUUGCGCCUUUAAAGUUCUACUAUAGAGUGACUGGUGUUGAAAUUGGAAUGCCUGUAUUUCAGUUUAGAUUGAAAUCAAAAUCUGUAUGAAAAUAAUGCCAGAUCAGACCCCAAAAUAACUUAACUCUCUGAUGUGCAAAUGUUGUCUGCUUUUCAUUAUGAAAUAAAGAAAUCCAUAAUGCAAAUCUGGGGUAUAAUAAUUUCCGUUCAUUUUAAAUUCUUUUUCUUCUUGACAAUGAAUCCAGUUUUCAUAGGCUGUGGUUUAUUUUUUGUCAUACAUGUAUAGGGUAUGUGCUGAUUCUUUUUUUAAAUUUUUUAAGCACUGAAUUUAUGUAAGUCAUAGAUUUAGAAAUCUCGUCACAUACAAUUAACUGGCUUUAAGCGGCUUUGUAAAACAAUAUCACUCACAUUUGACUGUUUGUCAUUUUACUAUUUGUGGCUUCAUAUAAUAGAAAAAGAAAAAAAAAUACACCUGAAAUUAUUAUCUGGUAACACUCAGAAAGGAUCUGUGGUAAAUAAAAGUUGACAUAA